CAUACCACAGCGGAAGUGAAAGCUUCAGAAUAGUGGCUAAAUAAGCAUGUUCGAUAUUUUAGUAUUUCAAAUUGUAAAUAUUUUCUGCCAACAAGAUGAAUGUUUUUAUCUGCGUCGUAUUGUUUCUUGUAAGUGCCGCAGUUGCUAACAAAAGCGGGGAUGAUGACUGGGUGCAUCUGCCAAAUAAAUGUGAAGUGUGCAAAUUUCUUAGUGUUGAAAUGAAGUCUGCAUUUGAAGAGACUGGCAAAACAAAAGAAGUGAUUGAAACCAACUACCGCUUCCUGGAUGAUAAAGGUGCACCGCCAAUCAAAUAUGUCAAAUCUGAUAUUCGUUUCAUAGAGGUGAUGGAGAAUGUUUGCUCAAGGAUUAUGCAGUACAAUCUACACAAAGAGAGAGAUGGAAGUAAUCGCUUUGCAAAGGGGAUGUCUGAGACAUUCUCAACCUUACAUAACCUGGUUAAUAAAGGCGUGAAGGUGGUCAUGGACAUUCCUUAUGAACUGUGGAAUGAGACCAGUGCUGAAGUGGCAGAUCUCAAAAAACAAUGUGAUGUGAUGUUAGAGCAGUAUGAAGAAGUCAUUGAAGACUGGUAUAAAGGCAGCCAAGAGGAAGAUCUCACCACUUACCUGUGUGAAAAACACGUACUGAAAGGACAAGACACUGGCUGUCUUAAAGAGAACUGGGCUGGGAAAAAGGGAGACAUGGCAGCUAUCACAGAGGACAAGAAGAAAAAGAAGAGCAAAAAAAAGAAAGGUAAUGACACUGAGGAUGGGCAGAAAAAGGAGAAGGUGAAGAAGAAGAAGAAAAAGUCCAAGCUGACUGACACUGAGACCAGCAACCGGAAAACUGAAGAUGAGGAGAUCCAGAAGAAACUUCCUCUUAAUCAGGAUAAAACUGAACUCUGAUAGAUUUCUUUACUUUUUUUUUUCUCUGACAUUUGUCUCACUGAUAUCUACAUUUAUGACUGAUAUUGAGAUGUACAUUGAGUUUUAGUUAGAAGAAGGUAAUAUUGACGUCCUCAUUCUAGAUCGCUUGUUACAUUAACUCCAUCCAGGAAGAAGCUAAAAUCAAAUGCCUUUUCAAAUCCAGAAAUGGAAGCUAGACCAAUCAAUCUCUACUGUAGCUUGGAUGUUUGCUUGUGUUUGUUCUCACGCUGGUUUCAUGUCAGUAACAUUAUAUACAAGCUAAAAUCUUUUUUCAGGAAAAUGUCUGCCUUUUGAAGACUAGUGUUUUGAAUCAAUCAAGUUGGCAAGUUGUUGGAAUGGAUUCUGGAAAUUCUUGUGGUUCUCAUUUCUAUUACUCUUGACUCAUCUCACUGAGUCCACCCCCCACCCCCCCCCACCCCCAAUUUU